UCAAAGACUAUGGCGGCCUCUAUUCCCAGUUAUUGCGAAAAGCUGUGAGAUACUAACUCCACGAAUCAAUAUUAUAUUUCGGGUUCUUUCUCAGCUUUCCUUAACAACAAAAAAUGUGGUUCUCACAAGAAGAGAAUUACGAUGUUGUGAGCGAGAUUAACAGGCCAGCAGACUUCAAUGAACUCGAUAUUCUCAAAAACGAAACUGGUUGGGACCGAUUACGUACGAUGUACAGUUUAGAGUUUGGGUUAUCACCAGAACUUCAGUUUGUUCAAAAAGCUGCAGGUUGCGGAGGAGUAGCGGGAGCUGUUUUCGGCGGUAUAAACUUUGCGAGACAGGCGAAGGAAAAUUUCAUUAGAAGCAAUCAAGCGAGCGCGUUUAUGUCGCCCGUUGAGGCGACGAGGCAGAUGUACGACAAGAUGUUGCUCGAGCUUUAUCGCGGUGCCUGGCGCUUCGGAUGGCGUACAACUCUUUUCUCUGGACUCUAUGUUGCUGCAUCAAUAUCAGGGUCUGUGUUCCGCAACAAAUUUGGAAUUGCCGAGCACGCAGCUGCAGGAGCGUUAUGUGGAAUGUUCUUCAAAGCAAACAUGGGCUUGAGAGGAACAGUAGCUGGGCUUGUUGUGGGCACCACACUAGGGUCGCUAUGCGGAGCAUCAAUAUAUUUCACAACAAAGAUGAGCGGUGUAACAAUGGCAGAAUAUCGUUACUGGAGCCACGAUUACUGGUUGAAGGAAUACAAUGAAAAGAAAAAGCAGCAGAAAGCUAAGGCCGCACAGUUGAAAGCUGAAGCAGAAGGCUCAAAAGAGUAGACAUCUAGAGAAUUACAUAAAAUAGAUUUGUUUGUGUCAUUAGUCCCACAGAUGAGUGCAUUACAGUACCAUGAAUAAGGAUUAAAGUUUUAUACAGUAAAAGUGUUUAAUGAAGCCUUAGUGUUCAGCACAGUUUAAAAAAAAAAUAAUAACAGCAGGAAAUAAAUAAAUUAGUUUUCAAAAGCAUAA